AGUUUUUGCUUGGCUCACUGCAGGCUCCCGAAAGUGUAAGCUUAUCACAGCCAUGGCAUUCUCCUGGAAACACCUCGUGGCGCUCUUCACCUUAUUGAGUGUGGCUGUGGCAAGCACUGCUAGCAAUGAAAGCAAAGAAAGCAGCAAUCAGACAAGCAGAUCAAGCAAUGAAACUAUUGGCAUUAAUCAGACAAGUGGGAACAGCACAGGGCUGCUGGUGAAGUCAAUGUCAAGAGGCUCCACUUUGCGUGUCAUCAAUGGCUGCAACGAGCCCAUGUGGAUUGCACAUUGUUGCAACUACAAGUACCGUCAGAACGUGAAGAUCGAGGCUGGUGCUUCCCACGACUUCCCGGCCUACGCUGGGCUCAUGGGCUUUCGCCUUUGGCCGAAGUUGAGGUGCAACUCCGAUGGCAAUGGCUGCCGCAUCGGCCAGAGCGGAGGCAAGGGGCAGCCCUGCGGCACGGACGGCAACUGGCGAUGCCAGGCGCAUAUUGAUACGAAGUUCGAAGCCAGUUUCGGUGGACGCCGUGAUUAUUUCGACAUGAGCCUAGUGGAUGGCUACACCCUGCCCUUCAAGCUGAAGCUUCGUGGCUGCUCCGUCAAGGGCGGCACCUUCUGGGAUUGUUCAGGGCUUCGUUCUGAUGUCUGCCCCAGAGGGAAUCGGGAGUACUACAACGGCAGGCUGCUGGGCUGCCACGCGCGAGGGCGCCCUGGGCGGGGCUCAAGGAGCUACAUCGACCUGGUCCAUCAGCGCUGUCCCAGGACAUAUGCCUACGACCUGGAUGACAAGAAUCCUGGCAGUCUCAGAUGUCCUACCACUCGGGGAAGGGGUGCAGAGGUGUUUAAUCGUGUCAUUGAUGUGAUUAUUUAAGCAUUACUUCCAGGAGUCACAGGAACGGGAACUUCAACUGUCCUCAUGGCACGACGUACGAGUUGACCUUCCUGUGCCCCUGAGACGGCAGGCAGCUGACGGCAGGGUGGGACUUCCUGCACUAAGCUGUUGUGGUGCUCAUUGUUGAUCAAGCAUGAUCUUUGCGAAGCAACCUUGCCCUGCACGGGGUCAUCCUGAAAUCUCGCAUUUUUUGGAGGCACCUUGUGGCCUUCCCAUAGUGCCUUGGGAUGCCUUGGGCCUUUUGUGCCCAUGCCUUUGAUCCUGACCGAUCCACCUCACCAGUCCAGCUCCAUGCGGCAAUUGCGAA